GAGCCGCAUUGAUGACUGCAUGCGUCAGAUGGCCAGUCUGCUGUACCAGAUCAAGGGUCCCGUGAACGCCAACACCCGUAACCAGGUGGAGGCCGACUCCGAUAACAUGCUGCGGCCUCUGAUGGACUUCCUGGAUGCAAAUCUGAUGCUGUUUGCCUCAGUGUGUGAGAAAACCGUGCUGAAGCGAGUGCUGAAGGAGCUGUGGAGAAUUGUGAUGAACAGUCUUGAGAAGACCAUCAUCCUUCCUCAGGGCAAUGACACCUUUGGAAUGAUCUUUUCAGCGGCUAAAGAACUGGGUCAGCUCUCCAAACUCAAGGAUCACAUGUCUGGUGAAGCUAAAAGCUUGACGCCCAAGCAGUGUGCGGUCAUGGACGUGGCCCUUGAUACCAUAAAGCAAUAUUUCCACGCUGGAGGAAACGGUCUGAAGAAGGCCUUCCUGGAGAAGAGUCCUGAACUGUCCUCGCUGAGACAUGCACUGUCCCUCUAUACCCAGACCACCGACACGCUUAUCAAGACGUUUGUCACUACUCAGCAUGCUCAAGUGCAUAAUGGGAAGGGUAUGAGGAUAACACCUAGUGAGAAAAUACAGCCGUCUAGGGAUGACCGCAAUGCUAACGUGGAUUAAAAGCCACAAAACAUUUCACAUUUCUUCCCCCAAUGAGCUCGAUUUAAUCCAAUUUAGGCUCUGUGUUCCCAUCGUCAUUGUCAUUACUUCCUUUUUUUCUAUAAAUUUGGACACAAGCCCAGCUUGUACAUCUUUCCUUAAGUUUUUCUUAAAAGCUCCACCAUGCAUGAGAGGCCUGUGUU